AUGAAAUAAGAAUUGAGAUAAAAUAAAAGUGAUCUGAAACAGCUGUCUUACUUUAUUGAGCCAAUUUCAAGUGUCAAUUAGAAUAUCAAUACAGCUCAAGACAGCAAGUUUCAUAUUAAUCUUAACUCUGAAGAAAACAUGACUUUUAUUACUGGAGUCAAAUAAAACUUAACAUCUUAAGAAAACAAUAAUUAGAGAUUAAAUCAGUCAGCAAAUAAUGACUAUAAAUUGCUGCAUUCAGAGAUCAAUGAAGUUAUUUAAAAUCUGGAUGAUAAGAUUGAUGGCAUAAUGAUCAAGCAUGAGAAAGACUUCACAGCUGCUUAUCAUGGACAUAUGCUCAAGAUUUCCAAAGAACUCGAAGCAUUAAAAAGGAAAUGCAAUGAGCAAGAAUUUCAGCUAAGAAAAGAUGAAAGAAUUCAAUCAUUGGAAAAGUAACUUGAAUGGUUCAGAAGUGAAGCUCUAAGUCUAUCAAAGCUUAAUAAAUAAUGUACAAGGGAAGCAGAGUCUCUGAGACAGAAAAAUGAAGGUCUUGAGGAGGAGAAAUAAUUUUUAAUGAUCUAAAUAACAAAAUAGAAGAGAUAGAGCAAGCUUCUAAAAAUGGCUCUUGGAAAAACUCAAGAUAAUUGCUCAUAGCUACUUUAAUUCACUAAGGACGGAAGAUUUAUGACUUAAACACCUAAUGGAGGAACAGCACUUGCUCUUUAAAAUUUAACUGAAAACUCUGAGAGGUAAAGUCCAUCUGAAAGGCUAGAGCAUUUUAAAUGGACUGAUGAACUUACCAGCUACGAUGUUAUCCGCAAAAUAAUUGACUAAUCUAAUUUAUUGGAAAGAGAAAGACUCUCCUACGACAUAGCUAGUGUUGUGGAUAAGAAAUUUGAUGAGUUGCAAUCUAAAAUCCUCAGAUUAAAAAGUAGAAAUGAGAUUAUUGAAAAGGAAUACAAAAAGCAGAAAAACCAGCAAGGCGAAACAUCUGCUUAGCUCAGCUAGAUAUCAAAAAUAUUUAUUGAGUGUGUAGACACUGUCAAAAAAGAACUAGACAAGAGAAGAAUACAGUAAAUAAGCACUCAGCCAUUCUCUGGCUAAAAGAGGAAUAAGAGCUUAUCAUCAACCAACACCUUAAUUAAUAUGGGUAGUUUUGAGCUUUUCCAGCAAUCAGACAAAAUGAAAAUCAUUGAGUUGCUUGUGCUAAAUGAAGAUAUCCUGAGAUACAUGCAUAAUGGUUUAACCACAGCCGUCUAGACGCCAAAUAAUUUAGAUAGCAACAUGAAUUUAGUGGGAUUUAAGACUAUAUCUGACAACAAAUUUUUGGAUGGGCUUGAAUCUGACAGAUAUUCGCAAAACACCAGGGGACUCACGCCCCAGAUUCUAGGUGUAUCCUCUUCCAAUGAUUAUCAAUUCAACAAAGACUCUAUAAUCAAUAAAUUUUCUAAUCUCUUUGCGCAUAAAAAAGGUAGAGGAAAUAGUGCUCUAUAAAUUAACUAAUUGUCUGCAAUAAAUCAGUCAAACAAUCCUUCCUCGGCUAAUACAAGAAGCACUAGCAAUCAGGCAGGAAGGAUUAGGCCGAUGACUUCUUAAACUCCUAGUUCAUUCAUGGGUAGGUAAAAGAGACUGAAGAGUAGCAUUAAUUACUCAAAUACAAAAGGAACAUCAGAUAUACAUCAGCUUAUGAUAUAAUGA